CUCGUAUGCAUUGCGGCGAAAUCUGCGACAACGAAAGGAAAGAAAGAGCUGGACGACUCCGUCUCCUGAUGCGUAUCCUUUACUACUGUGUAUCUCUACACCUAAUACGUUUUAUUCAUGCAGAAGGCUCACAAAACGCCCAACCCGCGUCGUUCCGCUUGUGUUCGCUGCACGAUCGCCAAAGCCAAAUGUGUACUGCUUCUUGAUCAACAAGUAUGCGAGCGGUGCAAUAGGCUAAAGCGCCCUUGUAACUUUGAUGACUUUACGCAACCACGAAAAACGAAAAGUACAAACUCUACACGAGUUGAGCAACUGGAAGCCAAAGUGGAGGCGCUUGUCAGUGCACUUGCCGCACAAAAACAUUCUCCACACUCAGGUAGUGAACCGUUCGAGCAGCCGACACCAACGACAUCUUACUCUGCGCGAGACUCAUUACCUCCGCAAAGUGUGUAUACAGAACAUGGUUCACCUCGCCGACGACAUAGCCCACCUCUACGCCGACCCCUGACUUCUGGUUUCGAUGCAUUCGCUGAUCCCGUGGAACGAGGCCUCAUCUCCCUCGAUGAAGCUGAGAGACUGCUCCACAAGUAUCGAGUGCACAAGCAGCCUCACUUUCCCUUUGUCAUAAUUCCGCCAGGAAUGAGUGCAGAAGAUCUACGUCACAAAUGCCCCUUUUUGUUUCUUGCUAUUAUGAAUGUGUGUCUCGAGGACAGACUUCCGUUGCAAAGACUACUGCUGCGUGACUCGAAGCGAGUGAUCAGUAAGCGGGUUCUUGAGGACGAGGAAAAGAGUCUCGAGCUUCUACAAGGCCUUCUCGUUCAUAUCUGCUGGUACCAUUACCAUGUCCCUCAAAGUAAGAAUAGCUUCAUGUUGUUACAGAUGGCAUCUAGUAUGGUGUCUGAUAUGGGUUUGGACCGGCAAUCUGCGCAAGAUACAGGGUUGAGCGAAGACGAGAUUCCUGGGCAGUUCGACACAGUAAAAAAGAGUAGGACUUCUGCUGAACACAGAGCCUUCCUAGGCUUGUAUUUCUUGUACCCGGGCGCCUCAAUAUUCCGGAGACACUGCAUUUUGAAGCAGACACCGUGGGUAAUGCAGUGUUGCAAUCUUCUUGAAGCACGGAAGGAGUACCCGACCGACGCAAAGCUUAGAACAUACUUCCAAACGCAAGCCCUAGCCGCCAGGGUGGAAGAGAUGUGCAACCGUGAAGAGGAGAAUCAACGUAGUAGCGAUAAAAUGCUUGAUAUGAUGAUCAAAAUGUUUCAUAGAGAGCUGUCUGACAUCAAGAACAGUCUUCCAGAGUUUGACCCUGCCGAAAACUACCGCUUCACUUUACAGCUCAAAUCCCUCUCCAUGUCCAUAUACGAGUUAUCCCUGCGCAAAUAUCAAGUCGAGGCAACCACACAAUCAAGUCUCGACCCGACACAGCUCUGGGCACUGAUGACUUCAGCCCGUGAGCUGUUAGAAUACUUCCUCAAGCUUCCCUACCCUAUAUGUCAACAUCUACCUCUACCUUCAUGGACCACAAUCUGGUAUGCGUUUCUACUUUUGACGAAACUGACUGGACUCCCUGCUGGGCCCAAUUGGGACAGCGCUAUGGUGCGCAAAGAGGUUGACCUCGACGGUAUUGCCCUAGGCGCGCGUAAGAUUCUCGAAGAAGUGACGAAUGGGCGUAAAGCCGCCGUGCCCGACGACAGCGAAGAUAUUUGGCAGUAUUUCUACAACGGUGUCGAGAACGUCAUUAAUAUGGAGUGUCAGAAGCAGAAUUCGAACGAAGACGAGGAUGACGACGAAAUGUCCGGCACCGAGACCGAAUUGAAGACCGCGCCCGGUAUCGUGCCAACAGGGACAGACACAACCUGUCCGACAUCGGCGACGACAGUACCUAGUACUCAAGUUUCGACGAUGGGGUACUAUGAGCCUGUUGGCCCAACGCAGAAUUUGGACCCACAGACAGUAGAUGCUGCGAUUUAUGCGCCGACUUGUAUCUGGGACGAUGCUGCGUGGCAGCGCGCACUCAACGAGAUGCCCUUCGAUAAUUCGAUGUUGGGUAUGGAGAAUGCGUUUGGAUUUCAGAUGUUCUAAUUCCGGUGCAUUAGGCGAGGUGGUUUAUGAGGGUCAUAAGAGGAUUGAGUUCGAUUGCUAUAGAU